AGAUGAUAAAACUCCGACUAUAUGGGCCAGAAUCAGAAGCGGUAAAUACACACUUGAUCGUCGUUGAUCCCCGAUGAAAAGUGAGGAUUUGCUGAAAUGUUGAUCGGAGAAGAUUUCCCGCUUGUUCAACCAAACAGAUCACAACUGUCAUGUAGCGAACGCUGUCAAUUCUGAUUGGAUGAGGCGGAUCACGUGUCUAAUGAAAUGGACAAUCUCUUACUCCCAUAACACAAGCGAGUUUAGAGAGACUGAUACAUGACAUUGAAUGGAGCAAUAAACUAGCUUUUAAAACUAUUCACAGACUUUUAAAAGUAUAACAUCGGGACUUAAACAUGAUGGAAAGUGAACGAGAAAGUGGAUUCAUCAAUAGUACUCCGUGUAUGGCAGAGUUUAUGGCCGAUGUACCAGGAAUGAAUGAAUCUGCGUUUGGUAGGUCAUCAAUCACCGUCGAGUCACGACUACCUCCCUACUGCCAGCCUCUCAAUAGCUCGAGUCAGCUGCACUCUGCCAUUAGCCAGGUCACUUCCACCGGCAGAAAAUCUCUGGGAGCCACAAAACAACAACCAGCUUCCCACUUGCCCGAAUAUCCAUGGAUGCGGGAAAAGAAACCAGCCAGGAAGUCACCCCCGACUCCCGUUCUCACAACCCCCUUAGAUUUUCAAGAUGUGGAUGGCGAUGCCGCAGCCGGCCAUCCACGAAGACUACGGACCGCAUAUACAAACACACAAUUACUAGAGCUAGAGAAAGAAUUCCAUUUUAACAAAUAUCUGUGCCGCCCUAGAAGAAUUGAAAUCGCGGCAUCCCUUGAUCUGACGGAAAGACAAGUGAAAGUCUGGUUUCAGAAUAGGCGAAUGAAGUUCAAACGUCAACAACUAGGCAAAGGAGGCGAAGGAUCGGAUGAUGAGGAAAAGUCGGCGGAUAGCCCAUCCAGUCAUGAUACAUCCAUGGACACAAUGGAAAUCACAGAAAAUGUCAAGAUUGACAUUGGACAAGAAAAAUCGAUGAACGAUGAACGAGAACUGGAUGGAACUACGGUGAAAUCUGAAAGCGUAGAAAACAUUGAAAAUGACACUAAAGUCACAAUCAAAACAAAUGGUGACGAGGAUCAUUAUGUCAAAUCGCCAGAGGAUAAAACAAAUAAAGCGGACGAAAUGGCUGACAUUGGUAGUACGACACAGCAUUGUGUCACUGAAAGUGACAUUACAUUGCCCUCGGCUGGUGAUAAAACAGUAAGCGUGAUUGAAGUGUCGGCACCAGUGGUCAACUCGAAACCGAAGGCACGUGGAAGACGAGGAACGAACAACAACAAAUCAAAAAUGGCGUCACAUCCGGUGACCAGUCCAAAACCACAAGGCCAAACUGCCUCUUCCCCACAAGUCCCUUGUACGAUGUCCCCCAACCUUCCCGGUGCAUUGUCUCCACAGGUCCCGAGUCCCAUGUUUCCAAUUUCACCCCAAAAUGGUACAAUGUAUACCUCCCCCGCUCUGAAAUCUGCACCGAUCACUUCAACAUCGGAUGAUUACGGUCCCCAGAGCCAGAAUAUUUAUUCCCCGGGAGCCCAAAACGGAGAGUUUCAAACCAUUCUAAACGGACACUACUCACAAAGUCCCCCUCAUAACCAGUACCAAGCCGCCCAGCCUUGCCACACAAUGGAAUAUUCAGGUAACUUUGCAACUCAUAAUAUUAAUGAGCCGAGUCCAGUCACUAAUGCUCCACAAAGCACGGUUGAGUCUCUCCAGUAUAUGGAACAGCGAUUUAUCGGCUACAACACAGAGCAAAACCCGGAAAAUGUGCGUCAUUACAACCAGUACCAGAACCAAGUGUACGGAGUUCCCGAAAAUCAACAUUAUGGAAACGCCCAAGAGCUCUCAGAGGGUAACGGUUAUGUUUAUAAUUACACCAACAAUUAUAGCACUCAGCAACCAUCUAGCGAGUUUUCCACAUUUCAAGACGCGUUCCUUUGUCAAACUGAAUUUUAUUGAAUUAAUAAGUGUUGGUAUCCAUCUUGCCAGUAACUUGUAAUGUUUAUAUUUUUAUCUAAAAAGUAGUUAUAAGUAAAUAACUUAAUCAUGUGGCCCAGAAUAUAUGUUGUUUCUGCGUAUUUCUAUUUAUAGUUUUGAAUUUUGUCUAGAUAUUAUGAACUCAAUUGUAACAGUAACAUUUUCCAAUGUGGUUUAUGUCGUGUUGAAUCUCACACUGUAAAUGUAUUCAUUAUGAAUUUGUCAUUUUUAUCUUAAAUGUAAAAUAUCAACUUUGAUCGUUAUUUCAACAGUAUUUUAUAUUUGUUAAAUACGUAUAUCGUGCUAAAAUAAUGUGCUUCAAUAUAAAGGGGAUUAUCAAUCAAAAUUUUGCAAAAGUCAUUUUCAGGCAUUAGAAUUAAACCAAAUUGUAAACCUUUUGUGAAAAAAUAUGUGAUUGUAAGAUACAGUAUUGUAAGGCUUAUUUAGCUUCUAUUAAAACAAUGGAAGUAUCUGUGUAUAUUUUGAAUUGGGUGCACAAAGUGGCGUAGCGGAUUUGGCAAACAUAGACACACUAGUCAAACUGGGUCGAGUAAGGGGUUUGUUUAUGUUAUGCCCAAUAUUCUUAGCAUCAUUACAAAUCUGUCAGAGAGUUGUCGAAACUUGAAAGCGGCGAAUUUUCCUCUCGACGACCUUGUUGGUAUGGUAAUGCAAUUGCUUUAAAAUAUUUGGUCAAAAAUGCCUAUAAUUAAACUUAAUAUCUGGAUGUAAUUUCUAAGCGUUCUGGAGGGUGGACGGAUUCUUGGGGGUUAGAUCAGAACAAUACUUGGUCAGUUUUAAUGAUUCCUUACACCAUUGUUAGUUUGACCUGAAUAGGCCAGCAUUUUGACAAAUUAGUUUUUAAUAAGACCAAGUGAGCGCAGUGGCUAUAGUCGAUUUAAUAAGACAUAGGGAAAGUAUUAAGACAUCAGGGAUGUAGCCGACAUCUCAUAUCAGUAUAUCUGCCACAGACGUAUUUCACAUUCGCACGGAAUUGACAGGGUAUAGGAUAGUAAGAAUGAAGUGAAAUAUAUUCACUAUUACAACUUUAUUACACAGUUCUAUUCUACAUGCAUUAAUGUGGUACUUUGUACACUUAAUAUAUCAAUUUGUGUUAAAUUGUGCUAUGAGCAAUAUUGUGUACAUUAUUUGUAAUUUAUUGAAAUAAAGCAUUUAGUAUUUCAAAACCG